GGAGGCACCUGUUUGAUCCACACAACGCAGGGCGAGUUGCUGCGCCUGUUCGCGCCUCCACAGGCGCCCUCCGACGCGCUGCGUCCCGCCUCCUCCCUACUGGCUCCGCUCUGCCCCGCCCGACUGACCUUCACCCGUGAGGGCUACGUGGUGUUCCAGCUGGGCGCAGACAAACUCGCGGUCUACACAAUCAACGGAAAACUGGUCGCUGCGGCCGACUUGCACCGACAGGUACGCGUGAAAUUAGAUACCUCUCGUCAGGUGCGUGAUGCUACGCCAACAGACCACCAAACUAGACUUCGAGGUCUCUUAACUCUUGCUGCCAUCAGUUACGCUCUUUUCCUGCUCGAAGGAAGCAGAGCUCGCCGUUGCUUGGUGCAGGGAUUUGAAGUGCGGCCCGCGGAGACGGAUUCCUUGGAGAGCUCCUCGUCUCGGCCGCAGUCACCGCCAACAGGUGCCGACUACGUGAUCAGCGCCAUGGCGCUGUCCGCGUGCGCAAACUUCCUGCUGGUCGGCGGCAACGACGGCCUCGUCUGGAUCCUCCGACUCUACAGCCUCCAACCCGUCCACUGUCUGCCUCGGUGCAAGGCCCCUGUCACGUGCCUCGCUCUCAACUACGACCAACGGUGA